CUCAUUUUGUCCACCAAACUUUUAACGUUGUGCAUGAAUGCACAAAGGUGACACAAGCGGCUCUCAGCAGCCGGAACAAAGCCGCGUCUCGGCCCAGCCACGAAGCCUGCUGAGGAUGUGUGACGGGGACCUGAGAGUGCUGCCAAAAUCCUCUCUGGACGUGUCCUGGCAAGAGAGCAGGACUCUGAGCAGACUUCACUGCAGGAACGGAGGACACCAACUGAGGAUCUCGCCUGAUGGGAGUGUGGAUGGAGGCAGGCAGGACAAUGACCCCUAUGACGUCCUGAGGCUGAAGGCUGUGAGCGCGGGCGUGGUGGUGGUGAUGGGGGAGAACACGGGAAGAUACCUGGCCAUGAACACCAACGGAAGCCUCUAUGGAUCAGUCACCAUCAACGAUGAGUGUUACUUCCACGAGACGUACGAGGAGAACCAUUACAACACGUACUGCUCCAAGAAGUACCGCUGGUACGUGGGGCUGAAGCGGAACGGCAAACCCAAACCGGGACCCAAAGCUCUUUGGGGUCAGAAGGCCAUCUUGUUCCUGCCGUUGUCAGCGGACGCGCGCCACGACGUCAACGUUCCGUGAAAAAUACCUUUAGGACCAGCUAGGAAAAACUAGAAUAUAAAACAUGUUUUGUUUUCACCAUGCUUUUCCUUUGGAUUCCGAAAAAAAAAAAGUGACGAUAACCACAGAACUAGAAAUUGAACUGAAUCCGACUGCUGCUCACAAUGAGACAUAAUAACACAUUGUUUUAACCGAGCGAAUAACGGGAAUAAUUAGCUUGAAGAUGUUUUACUGUAUUUUAGUUUUAUUAUGCACUGCUUAACUUAACUUAAGGGAUGUAAUUUAAAAACAAUGUCUGUACUGUACAGUUAAUUCAAGUUUGUAUCAUGGCUAUAGUUUGACCCUGUAGCGGAUGAAGUCACUUUAAAAUCAGAAAUACUUGGAAUUCAACCACAGGGUCGCUGAGCAAAAUGUGUUUAGCCUUGGAAGUUCUGCUUUUUUUAUACAUUAACAACAAACCCACUCUAGACUAUAAAAGAUUAUACAGUAGUAUUAUUUAUAUCACACAGUUAAGUCAAAAUAUACAUAUAUAUAUUAUAUACAUGUAUACAUACAUGUGCACCGUGCUUGCUACAGAGGGUCAAAAUUAAAGAAAUAUUUAAAUUGUUUCUUAAAUGUGUCAUUAAUCGGAAUUUAAUGCCUAAAAGUGUUAUAAAAUGUCAUUUAUUUAUUAUAAAUUAUUCAAUGAUUUAAUUAGAUUAAUACAAAUUUCAAUUGUUUCUUAAAUGUGUCAUGGCAGCUCCCGCCAUCAGUGUGUGAAUGUGUGUGUGAAUGGGUGAAUGUGGAAAUACUGUCAAAGCACUUUGAGUACCUUAAAGGUAGAAAAGCGCUAUACAAGUAUAACCCAUUUAUUUAUUUAUAUGUGGGCUCUGUACCGAGGAUGUCGUUGUGGCUUGUGCAGCCCUUUGAGACACUUGUGAUUUAGGGCUAUAUAAAUAAACAUUGAUUGAUUGGUUGAUUGAUUAAUUGGAAUUUAAUGCUGAAGUGUUAUAAAAUGUCAUUUAUUUAUUAUGAAUUAUUUAAUUAGAUAAAUAAAUAUUUCAAUUGUUUCUUAAAUGUGUCAUUAAUUAGAAUUGAAUGCCUAAACGUGUUAUAAAAUGUAAUUUAUUUAUUAGAAAUCAUUCAAUUAUUUAAUUAUAUAUAAUUCAUGACUUCAUGAUUUAGAUGUUUCUCAUUUAUUUAUUUGUUUAAUGAUUAAAAUAUAGGAACAGUCAAUUAUUCACUAAUGUAUUUAUUUAUUGAAUGUUAUCCCAAAAUUGUAAAAUAAUUAAAUCAUGAAAUUAUUAAAUCAAUAAAAUAAUUAAAUGAUUAAAUGUAAUGUUACAUGUACACACGUAAUAGGCCAUGUAUGUAUUCAAUUGCAAUCAUAAUUAAAUAGUGACACCUUUCCGUAAUUAUUUGAAUAUUUACUUAUUAAUUUCAUUUUGUCUCAUAGGGGCCUCCAUAGUUUUCUGCAUACAGUUUCUUCUUCUGUAUUAAUUUGUAUUACAACAGGGUAAAUCCACAAUAACAGUACUGAGAAUCUCUGAAAUAUAUUUUGUAUUUUUUGGGGCUGUAUAUUUUAAAAGUGUACACAAAUCCCGCCAAAAAUUCCUUUAAAAAAAAAAAAUUGAUAAUAAAAGUUUAUAAUAUUGUGCUUUAAUGUAUAUACUAACACUAUGGUCAUUUGAUCACCUUUAUGUAUUACCGUAAUAAAAAAAUGUACUGUGAUGUAUGUAUGUAUGUAUGUUUUUUUGAUGAUUUUAUUACCUGAAUUUAAUUUGAAUUAUGAUUUUAUAUCUUUAUUUUUACCUUCUUUUAAUUUUCUGUAAAUCACUUUGAAUUACCUUGUGUACAAAUUGUGCUCUAUAAAUAAAAGUG